GGUAGGGGAAGAUGGCGGAGGCGUCGCCGCAGCCGGGCCGGUUCUUCUGCCAUUGCUGCUCGGCCGAGAUCGCCCCGCGCCUGCCCGACUACAUCUGCCCACGGUGUGAGUCUGGUUUCAUUGAAGAGCUUCCUGAGGAGCCAAGGAAUGCUGACAAUGAGACCAGCUCCUCCACGUCAGCCCCUGAUCAGAGCAGACAUCCUUUUGAGAACGUGGAUCAGCACUUGUUCACCUUGCCCCCGGGCUAUGGCCAGUUUGCUUUCGGCUUCUUUGACGACAGCUUUGAGUUUCCCUUCGGGUCCAACGUGCAGCAGGCAGAGGACAACCGGGACUCGGAGAACCGGCGGGAGCGCGAGCACCAGUCCCGGCACCGCUACGGCGCCCGGCAGCCCCGCGCCCGCCUGGCCACGCGCCGGGCCUCGGGCAGGCACGAGGGAGUGCCCACGCUGGAAGGAAUUAUCCAGCAGCUGGUCAAUGGAAUUAUUGCACCGACCACAAUUCCAAACCUAGGCCUGGGCCCUUGGGGAGUCCUGCACUCAAAUCCAAUGGACUACGCCUGGGGUGCCAACGGCCUGGAUGCGAUUAUCACACAGUUACUGAAUCAGUUUGAAAACACUGGACCGCCGCCAGCGGACAAAGAGAAGAUCCAGGCCCUCCCCACCAUACAGAUCACACAGGAGCACGUAGAUUCCGGGUUGGAGUGCCCUGUGUGCAAGGAAGAUUACACAGUCGGGGAGAACGUGCGGCAGUUACCGUGCAAUCACCUGUUCCACGACGGCUGCAUCGUCCCGUGGCUGGAGCAGCAUGACACGUGUCCCGUCUGCCGGAAAAGUUUAAGUGGACAAAACACUGCCACAAACCCCCCAGGACUCACAGGGAUGAACUUCUCGUCAUCCUCCUCCUCCUCCUCUUCCUCCAGCUCACCAAGUAAUGAAAACUCAUCGAACAACUCAUGAAUCUUAACGCACCCUCUGUCCCCGGGGCCCUUCCACUGUUCCCCUUCCCUCCCUGGGCACCGCGAGCAGCCAAAGGGGCUUCCAGAGCAGAGCGAGGGGAGGGGACGAGGCAGGAGCAGUGCCCCCAGAAUUUCCUUUUGAUUUCUGAAGACACGGAGCCUCUGGGUCCUUCAGAGAUGAGAAGCCUCAAGUUCUGUGAUGAAAAAAAGGGGGGAAAAGAGCUCUGUCUGUCAAUAAAAACAUCCUCUUUGCGUGGACUUUACCCAUUGCAGUGCGAGGCUGCUGCGCUCCCCGGCUGGGAACCCCGAGGUGCUGAGCGAGUGGUUGAAUCCCGAAUGGAAAUGUUGUUUGUAUGGGUUUGAAUUUGAGAUCCCUUUCUUUUUAUUUCUUUUGCUCCUCCUCCCCCUUGGAUACUAUCUUUUUUUUCUGCUUUGGAGAUUGACGUCUAAAAUGGAAGUAUAAGGAUGCUGCCUCCCCCCCCCGCCCCAGGAUCACCAGCUGGGGAGGACCAAUAGCUGUCACUGAAACAGGAACUCUCAAGUAGACCCCGGGAUCCUUCCCUGUCCCAUCUCGAGUCCCUUUUAUUUCUCUUUAUAACCUCGCCCGCUGAUACUCAACACUGAAAGGGGUUUUUAUAAUCUUAAAUUAUUACUGUUGUCAAUAAAUGGACAUUUCAGCUCUG